CGGUCUAUUAGGAGCUAACAACAAACUGCUUCCUAGCUUAUGGUAGUUUGUUAAGGGACUUUAAAAAGUGAAGUUAACUUGCCUUAAUCAUGGAAACGACUGGCACUUCUUAUCAAGUGGAGAACACAGAUGUAUUCCUGCCAUUGUCCUCAUUAAGGCUGCUGAUCCCUCCGCUGCGGCUGCUGUCUGCAGCGAUGUGGCAGGUGGCCGAGCGCAGAGAGCUUCUGGAUUAUGAAAAACUGGAUGACUUUGUGACGCUGGUGACGGCGACAGUGCCGGACCUGCUGGACCCGAAGCAACGAGGCAAACUGCUGCUGCGGCUCAGAGCGAAGAUUAUUCUGGAGUUGUGCAGAAAUGAGGAAACAGCCAACACUUUGUGCAUACAGCCUCACCUAGAACGCAUCCGCCCAGCAGGAUACACAGGAAGUGGAGAUGCAGAGGUGGAUGCAGAGGAGGCCAUUUUUGUGGAGCUCGUCCAAACACUCCUGAAAGAGCCAGCAGAGAGGGAGCAUUUCUACCAGGAAGUUUUUCCAACAGAGUAUGGUCCCUGCUACGACACAAACAUGCAGCUCCUUGUGUGGGAGUUUCUGUGUAAACUGGAGAAACUGCUGCCAGUACCAGACCUCAGUCAGACUGUGUUGUGGCUGACGUCGGCCCCCUCGGUCCUGAAGGACUGUUUGCAGGCGCUCUCCAACCCCGACGACCUGAGCUCUCUCCUGCAGCACCACAGAUGCCUGGAGCACCUUGGAACACAAGGUUCCACUGUGGAGAUGUCCACUCAGGUCUUUGCCUGCUCAGAGUGUCCAUUCUUCCACAUGCAGGAGUCCUACCUGAUGCAGCACAUUGAGCACAGUCACCCUGAGCAGGACAGGCAACAGAGGUCUUCAGAGACAGCGGACGUCCCCAAGAAGAAGGCCCAGCGUCCUGAGUUCCCAAAGCCGUUCCCCAUCCACGACAGGGCCGACCCUCACACGUGCCAGGAGUGUGGCAAAACAUUCACGCGUGCCUCAGACGUGACUCGACACCAGCGGACGCACACAGGUGAGCGCCCGUAUACCUGCGAGGACUGUAACAAGGGCUUCAAGAACUCUUGGGAUCUGACCAGACAUCAGCGCAUUCACACUGGAGAGCGACCUUUUCUCUGCUCCAAGUGCGGCAAACAGUUCACACAGAUGGGGUUGCUCAAGCUGCAUUUCGAACGAACCGCCUGCGGCCAAACUUGCAUCCCGCCCCUCUUCGUUACGACAGAGGUCGUAGUAGCAGAGGAGACAUCAGAGAAAGAGGGCGGUCAGUACAAAUGCCAGAAAUGUGGCGAGAGGUUCAGUAGCAUCUUGGAGCGUCUGAGGCACAGGCAGAGGCAUGUGGUGAGGCGUCAGUACAAAUGCUCCCAGUGUGAGAAGAUAUACAGCCGAGCGUCCGACCUCAAGAGACACCAGAUGAAACACACCGGUGAGCGGCCGUUUGCCUGUGAGUGUGGGAAGAGCUUCACCCAUGUGUGGCUUCUGAAUAAGCACCAGCAGAUCCACACCAGGGAGCGUCCGUACCCCUGCACAGAGUGCGGCAAGAGCUUCACACAGCUCCAGAUCCUUAACAGGCACCGGAUGACUCACAACGGCCAGCGGCCUUUCAAGUGCUCCUACUGCGAGAAGAGCUUCACGCAGCUGGCCAGCCUCACGCGGCACGAAAGAAUCCACACAGGUGAGAGGCCGUACAUCUGCACCACCUGCGAGAAGACGUUCCUCACGCACGGAGAGCUGGUGAGGCAUGAGCGCAGCCACAGUAACUUCAGGCCGUUCACUUGUGGACAGUGCCCCAAGAGCUUUAAAACCAAGCGGGCUCAGGGCGAACACCUCAACACUCACACAGGAGAGCGGCCAUUUGCAUGCACCCGUUGCGGGAAGAGGUUCGCCAAGUCGACCUCGCUCAUCCGACAUAACCUGACUCACACGGGGGAACGCCCCCACCAGUGCUCCCAGUGCGGGAAGACCUUCCUCACCUCUGGGGAGCUUCUCCUCCACAGACGGAUCCACACAGGAGAGAGGCCUUAUCCCUGCUCCCACUGCGAGAGGAGGUUCAGGUGCUCCUCCGACCGCAACAUGCACAUCCGAACACACACGGGGGAGAAGCCACACAGCUGUCAGUUCUGUAAGAAGAGAUUCUCUACUUCUACAAGGCUGAAGAGACACGUGCGCACACACAUGGAGAAGGGUGUAGUUGUGGAGUCAUUGAGUCUUUGAGCUGUCAGGAGCUAAUGAUGUAUUUAUGAGAAGAUGACUGUUGUUGCUUUGUUAUUUAAAAUAAAAAAAUGUCUUUAA